AGUUGCCGUCAAUAUGUCAUCACAUUAUAUUUUGGGAUUUUUUUAAUAAAUUUAAAAUAUCAAGCCGCAGCCAUGAUUAACCGGAGAAAUACCUAAAUAUAUGUAUCUGUUAUGAAACCUGAAUAAUUCCCUGGUGUUCCACUAUGAACGCUGCCGUCAGUUUUUUCAAAUGCCUCUCUGGACGGACCUCCAAGUCCUGUAACUUUUUCAGUUUCAUAAAUAAUCCACUUAAACGAAAUUUUGCCGAUACACCAAAACCAGAUACGACCACCAAACACGUAGUGGUGCAGGGCACCGAGAAUGAAGAGAGACUGCGCGUGCGGCGAGCACGUGCAUCAGACGUGCCGCGCGUGUUGCGCUUCGUACGCGAGCACGCGCGUGUCGCAUGGCCGGGCCUAGUGCCGCCACCUAGCGCGUCGCACCUUGUUCUCUGCGAUUACGUUGCUAGAGCACUUGCACAAGGACAUUCUAUGCUGGUCGAGCAGCAAGAAACCCGUCGUGGCUGGUCGACGAUUCGCGGGUUAGCGCUGAGCACAGCGGUGUGCACCUGGGACGCCGCGGUGCUGGAGCAGUGGGCGCGCUGCGUACAAUGUUCGCGCUCCCGUCACUUCAUGCACUUCACGGCACAUUGUCUGCGCACACCAGCUCUGCACGACAAAUACCGUGUACAUAAUAUUCUGCAGGUAAUCCUAGUCGUCCCACCAGAUAGUUCGAAGAGUAUUGAAAUUGUCCACAUGCUCUCCAAGAACGCAAUACAAAGAGGCAAAGAUGUCGGCUUCCCUCUUAUACGUUUUGAUGUAACUGCUAAUAAUGUGGCAAAAUCACUAGAAGAACUGCAACUGAAAAAGGAGUGGCAAUUGUUCUAUGAAGCAUUCCCAGAAGCGGUCAAAGAAAUAAAAGAAGAGAAAGUUACUGAUACUUAUACUUUUGCAACUGGAAAAGACCCAGCAAUUGCUUCUACAGACAAUACACUAAAAACAGAGAAAAAGCAUAAAUUGAAAUCAGCGCCAGCACAUUUCGUCGCAGUAUAUACAGCUUACACGCAAGUUGACAAAAGUUGAAAAUGGAUGAUGAAUUAUUAAAAAAAAAACAGAAAAAUUAUAAUCUGACAGCUUAAUGAUGGCUGCUAAUAAAUAUCUAUACGUAAACUAAAAUAGUAUUUUAAUUUAAACAAAUACAACGUGAUAGCUAUAAUUGGCCUAG